AUGAGGUACUGUGACGAGGAGGAUGAGGAAGAUGAGGAGGGCUACCAUGAAAUCGAUGAGGUUCUACAAUCUUCGCAUAGCGUCUUGACCCUCGUCGACCUGGACGGUCACACUGCGACAAAAGACCUACAGCUUGAAGAAGAAGACAUACUUCAAGAAGACCCCUUUGCGGACAUUCAAGGACGAGAACACUACGAAUGGUACAUGGGUAACUACGGACCAACAGCCACGCACUGGUAUCGUGUUGCGCAAGGCCUCAUCGCCGGUGACACAUCUCGCCCGCAGGUGCAUGCUCCCACAGGCGCAGCCUUCCUGUUUACAGCUCUCGAGGCUAUAUUACCCUGGGCGUGGACCCCCAUGGGAAAGCCAGGCGUGAUGAGUCCCAUCUAUCGGCCGUCUCUAGAUUCAGCGGCGGUGCAGGAAGUAGUCAAGCUUGCACUGCAACGGGAGCGGUACGACAUGUUUGACGAAGCCUUGGCCAAGAGCCCCGAGACGUUGGAACCUGGCCUUUUGGAAUGGUUGAGAGAGUGGAUGAGUGCUGGCGAUUUCAACCUGCGCUUCAAGACUAUCGAGAACGGGCUUAAUUCGGCUGUUGCCUUGAGUUCUCAUCUCAGCGGGCAGUCUGAGGCCAUCACCAAACUGGUCCCCAUCCCUGAUCAGCUCUCGAGUAUCGAGCCUGCUGCGCUCGACUGGGCUCGUCAAAAAGCGCACCUGUGCUUAGAAGCUCCUGCUUCUAUAAAGCAUCCAAGCGGACGAGAUGGGGGGCCCACGGUGGACCUCGCAUUCUACUUUGACGAUCCUUCAGCUUUCCUCUCAGAGACAUAUGUAGUGCAGACCUCUCUUGCAUCAGUCUUCCUCCUUUCGGUAGCUAUGUUGCAGAAAGCCAAGAGAAAACACUAG